CAGGACCGUACAUCCCACGCAGUGGAAAGAGUGUAUCACUACGACAUCAUCUUGAAUGAGUCCUCUCUAUGGCACUAUGAAAAUGAACACCCCUUUACACAUGUAAAGGAAACCCCCACUGAGGACGAAUACAUUUGGGAACAAAGUUUUGGAAUUUCCUGCAACUUUGGAACCUUUGCCAAUUAAGUUUAAGCUUGUCCGUAGACUGUCAAUUGUUGCAAUACUUCAGAAUCAGACAGAAUGCACUCCUACAAUUUGGUCCUUUUUGUAUUUGUGUAUUGCCUCACGCUUUUCAUGAUGAUGUGUCUGCCAGGAGUCUCAGCGCAAAAGUCGAAUGGUCCGAGGUGGCUUAUAGGGGACAGAGAGAGUCACUGUGCCAUUGCUUGCUCCAAGACUCAUGGGAAGCCUGUGUGUGGUUCGGACGGCCGCAGUUAUGAUACCAGCUGUGACCUGCAGAGGGAGAAAUGCAAGAACCGCACUCUUACCCUUGCCCACAGGGGCCGAUGCAGAGGUAUAAACUGGGUGAGGAUAGAUCAACCUCCCAUUCUCCCUGCACCUACACUUGCUUCAGAGGGCAAAGAACUUGAAUUGAAAGAAGCGGGCCAGUCAAAGUGUCGGGCAGAGAGGAGCCAGGCUUUGGAACAAGCGAAGAGGCCACAGGAAUCCAUUUUUAUCCCAGAAUGUAAUGAUGAUGGAACAUUUGCCCAGGUCCAGUGUCACACUCUCACAGGAUACUGCUGGUGUGUGACAAUAGAUGGCAAGCCAGUGAGCGGUUCUUCUGUCCAGAACAAAACGCCAGUGUGUUCAGGGCCAGUAACCGAUAAAACACCAGGACCUCCUAGCUCUGGCAGAAAAGUCUCUUUCCGUUUCUUUCUCACCCUCAAUCCAGACGAUGGUUCCAAGCCCACACCCACCAUGGAGACACAUGUCGUCCCAGAAGGUGAGGAGAUUACAGCCCCGACAUUGUGGAUUAAGCAGCUGGUAUACAAAGAGAACAAACAGAACAGUUCAAAUAGUAGGAAGCCAGAGAAAGUUCCCUCUUGUGACCAGGAGAGGCAGAGUGCUCUGGAUGAGGCCCGGCAGAACCCACGGGAGGCCAUCUUUAUCCCUGACUGUGGCCCACUUGGUCUUUACAAGCCGGUCCAGUGCCACCAAUCCACUGGUUACUGCUGGUGUGUGCUGGUGGACACUGGGCGACCCAUACCUGGAACCUCUGCUAGGUAUAAGAAACCAGAAUGCAACAGUGCAGCUCGUUCUCGAGUCUCAGAAUUGGAGGAUCCCUUCAGAGACAGAGAUCUGACAGGGUGUCCAGAAGGAAAGAAAGUGGAAUUUAUAACCAGCUUGUUGGAUGCCCUUACUACUGACAUGGUUCAAGCUAUCAACUCACCAACCCCCUCUGGUGGUGGGAGGUUUGUUGAGCCUGAUCCAAGCCACACACUGGAGGAACGGGUGGUUUAUUGGUACUUUGCCCAGCUGGAUAACAAUGGCAGUCACGACAUCAACAAGAAGGAGAUGAAGCCCUUCAAGCGCUAUGUGAAGAAGAAAGCCAAACCCAAACGAUGUGCCCGCAAGUUCACAGACUACUGCGACCUCAACAAGGACAAGAACAUCUCCCUUCAAGAACUCAAAGGCUGCCUAGGAGUCAAUAAAGAGGGUAGCACUACAAGCAUCAGUCAGGGGGCAAGUAGGUCGUCUGGUUUGAAGACAGAAAGUUCUAGAAGAUGAGGCAGUAGCACAAAGCACAGUGGGAAUUCAACUGUACACUGCUGGAAGAGUACAACGAAGGAUUCUUAAAAGAAGAAAAAGAUUAUUAAGAGGUUCCUAAAGAAAAGAUACACUGCCUGGCCAAAAAAAACAGUUGCAUACUAUAAUAUUUCAUUGGAUUGCCUUUAAUUAUGUUUAUGGCAUGCAUUCGUCGUGGCAUAGUUUCGACAAACUUAUGCAACGUCACAACAUUUAUUUCCGUCCAGAGUUGCAUUAAUUUUUGGCAGAGAUCUUGUAUUGAUGAUGGGAGAGUCAAACCACGGUCAGGACAUUGUGGUCGUCGAUUCAUAUGUGAAAAUGAUGUGAUAGAGUGGCUCCCUGAACCACUAUUUCACAAUUUGAGCCUGAUGAAUCUUGGCAUUGUCGUCCUGGAAUAUGCCCGUGCUGUCAGGGAAGAAAAAAAUCAUUCAGUACAUUCAGGUAUUCAGCUGACUUCAUUUUUUUGCCGCAUAACGUUGCUGAGCCUAGACCUGACCAAUUGAAGCAACCACAGAUCAUAACACUGCCUCCAGAGGCUUGUACAGUGGGCACUAUGCAUGAUCGCUUCAUGCACUUCCCUUCUUACCCUGACGCACCCAUCGCUUUGGAAUAGGGUAUGUCUGGACUUAUCAGGCACAUGACCUUUUUCCAUUGCUCCACAGUCCAAUCUUUAUGCUCCCUAGCAAACUGAAGUUGUUUUUUAUGAUUAGCCUCACCAACAAGUGACUUUCUUGUGGCCACACAGUUGUUUAGUUCUAAUCCUGUAAGUUCUCGUUGCAUUCUGCAUGUGGAAAUGCUCUUACUUUAACUAUUAAACAUAGCCGUGAGUUCUACUGUCGAUUUUUUACGAAGUGACUUCACCGAUCACGAUCAUUCAAGAUUUUUUUCUGACCAAAUAUUUUCCGCGAAGCUGAUGGUUCACCACAAUACUUCCAGGUUUUAAUAAUGCAUUGGUCAGUUCUUAACGCAAUACCAGUGAUUUCAGCAAUCACCUUAGUUGUUUUCUUUGCUUGAUGCAGGCCAAUAAUUUGCCCCUUCUGAAACACGUAACAUCUUUUCCACGACCACAGGAUACGUCUUCCGACAUAGUUAAGAAAUGAGAAUCUACACACUGCAUCAGUUAGGGUUAAAAGAAUUGUUGCCAGCUGAAACAUAUUAAUCACUGCAAUAAUGAUCCAAUCAUAGGCUCAUAAGUAUCUGCUUAUUUAAAUCCAAACGGCGACUUUUUUUUUGGCCAGGCAGUGUAUGAUGAAAAUUAUAACAUGGAGCCAAAAUAUUUGCACUUUCUUCUCCCAUUGUUAGACAUUUAAAGAUGUUCUUGUAUGUGUUGUAAACUUUUUAUUAAUAUGAUUAAAAGAUUGACAAAAAUGUACACUAUAUGGCCAAAAGUAUGUGGACACCCGAACACUACAACCAUAUGUGCUUGUUGAGCAUUUAAUUUAAAAUAAUCAGAUUUAAAAGGGGGUUGAUACCUCAAACAGCUUCUGGGAAGGGUUUCCCCUCUAGUAGAUGGAAUGUGGCUGCAGGGAUUUGCUCCCAUUCAGACACAAGAGCAUCAAUGAGGUCCAACAAUGAUGUUGGGCAAUGGGGCCUGGCUUGCAGUUGACAUUCCAAUUAAUUCCAAAGGUGUUUCUACAGUGCUUUAGUAUGCCAUUGUAUGGCAUAGCAUUUAGAUUUUUCUUCACUGAAAGGGGCCUAAUUGAUAAGAAGAGAGUGUCCACAUACUUUUGGCCAUGCAGUGUAUGUCAGAUAACACAGCCUAUAAGUGUGAAUGACUAUAUGCUACCAUCCACAAUUCAUUUUCAGCACAUCCACACUCACCGCUUAUCAAGACAGUAUUAUAUAGUUAUUAUUUAGUGUUUGUAUGAAACAUUUUUAAGUGACAAAUUCAAAAUUCUAAUUAAAAAAAAAGAAAAAAAAGUGAACAUUCAAUUUUUUCCGUUGAAAUUAGAAUGUCUAAAAAUGCUUCUUCACCUGUUUGCAGUUGUUUAUGUAAAUAUCCACUCAACCAGUUUGUUUGCUUCAUUGUUCACCUUGGCAACAAAACUAAUGGAGCAUUGAUAGUGAACAAGAAAUGAAGCAAAAUCUUUUCUGUAAACAAACAUUAGCUACGGUCUCAAGACCUGCACCUCAGGACACUUCUAAUGUUCACUUAACCAUUGCCUGAGAAUUAGCAGUAUGUUCCACAUGGUUCAUUCAGAAGUCAGAGGUUAAAAACAAUAGCAUGCAAAAUUAGCUUUGUAAAAGUCACAAAACACUUUGCUGAGCUUUACCUUCUUCAAUUGGAUUAUUCAGUGAGUUCAUGGUGUGCCUCACAUAUUGAACAAUUUCAAGUUGUUAUUUGUUUUUUUUUUUGUUUUUGUUGUUGUUGCUUUUUUAUUCAUCUUCAAAUUUCAACCAUAAAGCUUAAAGCUGGGCCUUAAAACUGAAGUGUGUGAUUUUUUUCAGUGUUCUUUCUAAAUCACAUUUUUUUCUAGUUUCCCGGCUUAAUAUGCAGUCAACUAUGGGUAAACUAAAAGUGUAGCAAAUUACAAAGUGUAGCAUUGUGGAUCUGUGGCACAAAACAUUCCUCUAUUUGUUUGAGUGACCACCGUGGUACUUUUUUGUGCAUGACCUAUUUUUUUAUCUGGCUAGAGGAGGACUUUAUAAAUUUGGGGGAUUAUCUUGGUCUCACAAUAAACCAGUGAAAUAAAAGGUUCAAAAUGAUGCUCACCACCUACAACUGUAAAAAUAUUAAUGGCACGUCUGGGCUUAUACGUCCUGUCUGGUGUGAUGUAUUGUUAAGCAUCUGUGUUAGCUGGAGUGUGUUAUUUUUAUUUUAUUUUAUUAUUUUGGCCAAAGUAAUAGAUUAUGUAGUUAUGUUUCAGGAACAAAAGAGAGAAAAGGGUAAUUAAUUAAAAAAAGAAAUAGAUAUAUUUCGAUAUAUAAUUUCUUUAUUCAGUGGGUUUAGAAAUAAUAAUUAAUUGUCCAUCCUGAAAGCUAAACUACUAAUGUCCUGCAAGAAAACAAGAAAAAUACUGUAGAGAUAUAAAUACAGUAUAUGUAUGCCCUAACAGUUAUGACAUUAUUUUUCUAAUUUAGGAAAUAUGUGAGUUGAUAGUUUUUAUGUCUGGUUGUGUGUUUCUUGUUUUUUCCGUGUUUUUUUUUUUUGUUUUUUUUUCUAUUAUGGAUAUGUACUUGGAAGCCAUUGCUUUGGCUCAAAAAGUAAAAUAGUCAAGUUGUAAAUAUUUAUCAUAUGUGCUUUUGGUCUUUUCAAAAAGUCAAUCUUAAAACAGUGUUUAGCAACUCUGAAAGCAAUGCCAUCAUUAAUUAGAAUAUAUCAUAGAGUUAAUUGUAUAAGUAGGCUGUUUUGCUCUCAUAUUAUAAUUGCUGUUUUUUUUUUUGUUUUUUUUUUAAGUCUGUUCAUCACAAUGUUAAAUUAACAGCCAGUCACAAUACACAUUUAAAAAUCAUGUAUGUGUCAUCUUGUUUUUUUUGUUUGUUUUUUUUUUUUUUUUUAUCUGAUAAUGCACACUACCAUUGAAAAGUUUGUAAUCACUUUGAAUUUUUUGUUUUUGAAAGAAAUUGAUACUUUUACUUACAUCUGAAAAAAAAAAAAAAAAAAAAAAUCAUUGAAGACUUUCUGUUCAUUAAAGAAUCCAACAUUUGCAGCAGACACAACUGAGCAGAUCUUAGGCAUUCUGGCUGUCAAUGUAGUAAGAAAAACAGCUUAGCUGAUGUCUCAUCCCAUGCGUAAGUAUGACUUUUCAUAGAUGUGUUUAGUAAUAACACUAAGUCGGCAUAUGCUCACCAAAGCUCUCUCUCUCUCUCUGCCUUAGCAAAAAUUAGUGCAAUCAUAUCAAUAUUCAUGCUUUUUUUUAACAUUGAAACAUAAAAACAUUUUCUUUAAAUUUAAACUUGCAUCUAUUUUAUCUCUUGGUUGUUAGUUAAAUAACAGUUUACAUUGUCGCUGGUAGCUACCAUACUGUCUUUUAACUUAGCUGAAAUGUUGGGGGCAAUUGUAACACUAGUUAUUAAAUAAAUAUUGCAUGACUGAAUUGAAAGACUAAAUCUUUUAAACAUGUAAUGAAUUUUUAUUUUUAUUUUAUUUUUUGCAGUAAAGGAAUAGUUCACCCAAAAAUGAAAACAAUUAUCAAAUCAUUUACUCACCCUCAUGCCAUCCCAGAUGUGUAUGAUUUUGUUUCUUCUGCUGAACACAAAUAAAAACAUU